AUGGUUGUACUUUCAAAAUAUAAUGAAUUUACAAUUAUUAAUCAAUUAAAUGAUGAUAAUUCAAUAUUAUUUUUUAAAAUUUGGAGAAAUAUUGUAUUAAAAAAAAAGAUAUGGCAAGAUGCAAUUUUAAUAUCAAAAUAUGAUAUUCAAAAUAUUAAAGAAAUAAAACAAUUAAGAGAACAUAAAUAUAGAGAAUAUAUUAGAACAAUUAAAUUUGUUGAUCAUUUCAAUGAUUUAUUAGAAGAAGGUGAUAUUCCAAACAAUGUUUCAACAAUUGAUUUUGGUGUAGCAUUUGAUACAAGAAUUAGUGCUAGAGUUUUACCAAAUUCGCUUACAACCCUUGACUUGGGCAUACAAUUUAAUCAAUCCAUUGAUUGUGGUGUUUUACCAAAAAAUUUAAAAAAUAUUUAUUUUAGUCAUUUAUUCAAUAAACCAAUACUAGUAAACUCAAUUCCAAAUAGUGUUAAAUUAAUUGAUUUUAGAAAUUCGCCAUCGUUUAAUACUGAAAUUAAAAUUGGAUCAUUGCCAAACUCAUUAACCUCUUUAAAUUUAGGGUAUAAGUAUAAUAUUAAAUUUAAAGAAGGAGUUUUACCAAACUCUUUAAAAAAAUUAAUAAUUUCAGAAAAUUACAAUUUUCCAAUUAAAAAAGGUGAUUUACCAAAUAGUAUAACUAGUUUAACAUUGGGAAAUUAUGAUCAAAAUAUUAAAUCAGAUGAGUUACCAGAAAGUUUAAAAGUUUUAAUAAUGGGCCCACUACAAACAAAACAAAUUGAAAUUUCAAAUUUGAAAUAUAUUGAAAAAUUGACAUUAUCAGAUUACUAUGAUGUUCAAUAUAAAGAUUUUCCAAAAUCUUUAAAAAUUUUAAAUUUAGCUUAUAAAUAUAAUAAACCAAUUUUACCAAAUUCUAUUGACAAUAUUACUGAAAUUACAUUUGGUAGUGAAUUUAAUCAACCUAUUGAAUUGAGUACAUUCAAGUCAAUUAAGAAAUUAGUAUUUGGUGCUAGAUUUAAUCAGGAAUUGAAGCCAUAUACUUUGAAUGAUGGUAUUGAGAGUUUAUCAUUUGGUUAUUUUUAUAAUAAAAAAUUUCAAUCAAAUAGUUUACCAUCGACAUUAACUUAUUUAAAACUUGGUAGAGAAUUUAAUCAAAUAGUUGAGCCUGGUAUAUUCCCAAACUCAAUCAAACAUUUAAUCUAUAGUAAUUUAAAUAAAUCACCAUUGACCAUUGGUAUAUUACCAUCAUCACUUGAAACUUUAGAAUUUUUAUUUUUCAAUGCACCAAUUGAGCCAUUUUCAAUUCCAAAUGGUUGUAAAAAGAUUAUUUUAAGUUCACAAUUUCAAAAUCAUUCAAUUUCAAAUAAUGUUAUACCAAAUACUUGUACUGAAUUAACAAUUUCUGAAUUAUAUAAAAGAGAAUUAUUAGAUUUAAAUUCAUUACCAAAAGGUUGUAAAUUACUAUAUGCUUUAUUAAUUAAUUAA